AAAAGAAAAAAAAAAAAACUAUAAACUAACGGCACAAAAAAAAACUCCGUCACCGUUAACCCCCCAUUCUCUUUCCUCCACCCUUCUUCUCCUUUUCUCUCUCUUUUAGUUUUCUAUUGCUAUAAAAACACCACAAACGAAUUUUCCUUCUUUCUUUUUCCUUUUUGAUAUAUGUGAUUUUCACCCUCAUUACAUUACUGGGUCAGUGUUGAUUUUCUCUGUUCUUAACCAUUUCACAUAAAGUUUCUAUUUUUUAUUUUUAUUUUUAUUUUUUUUUAUCAUUUUUGUGUGUUAAAAAAAUGUGGGGUAGGUGGUGUUGUUCUUCUGGUGCAGGUUUUAGAUCAUUCACAAAAAGGGUUUCUUCCAUUGUUAAUCUAACACAUGGUUUUGAUGAAAAGGUUCAAUCUUUUGGUUCACCAUUGUUAGGUUUAAGGAGUGUUGUUACAGUGACACAUGGUGGUGGUGGUGAUAGAAGGGGAAAAGGGUUUGGAUAUUUUUCAGUUAUGUUGAACCAAAUGAAAAGGGGUUUAUCAUCAUCAUCUUCUUCUUCUUCAAAUGUGGUUGGUGAUGGUGGUAAUGGUAAUAAUAAUGAGAGAGAAAAUACUAUAUCAUCUUCUGAGGCUAAGAAGCUUAUGAGAUUGGUGAAUGUUGAAACACUUAAGAUGGAACUUGGUAUGGGAGGGAAAGAAAUUAUUUCCUAUUUUGAACUUCUUCAAGCUUGUCAGAGUAGUGGUAUUGCUAGGAAUCAAGAUGAGGCUGCAAAAUUUGCUAAGGUUCUUGAUGAUGCUGGGGUUGUUCUACUAUUUAGGGAUAAGGUUUAUCUGCAUCCUGAUAAGGUGGUGGAUUUGAUUCGAAGAGCCGUUCCACUGGCACUGACUUCUGACAAUGAUCCUAUGAGGGAGGAGUUAAUGAAACUACAAGAAAAGAAAAAGGAAAUUGAUUUGUUGGCACAUAAACAGGUGCGACGCGUCCUUUGGUCUGGACUAGGAUUUGGUGUAAUCACUGUCGGCCUCUUCUUCCGGCUAACAUUCUGGGAAUUUUCAUGGGACGUAAUGGAACCUAUUGCGUUUUUUGUUACCACAACCGGGUUAGUUACAGGCUACGCUUACUUUCUAUUCACUUCAAGAGACCCUACUUAUCAAGACUUGUUGAAGAGGCUUUUUCUUAGAAGGCAGAGGAAGCUUUGUAAGAAACAGAAUUUUGAUGUUGAGAGAUUCAUGGAGCUCCAGUGCAAGUGUAAAACACAUCUACAUUCUCGCAGUGUUUUGAAAAAUAGUAUAGGGGUUGAUCUUGAUCUUGAAGAUGCUUUACAUAGAGAUUAACAUUUUGACUGAGAUAACCUUGUCCCCCCUGCUUGUUUUAACAUUGGUGGGAGAAUGUUUAAUCUAACUGUAGCUUUGGCGAAUAUACACACAUUUCCUUCAUUUUCAUGACCAUGCCUAAAACCAUAUAUGCAAACAUAAUUUUUCUUCUAUUUGUU